AUGUCAGAGAGAGUCGGAACAACCGAGAUUAUCGACAAGUUUGGUACGAAGAGAAUGCUCCGAGGCAUCCUGAACCCAGUGGUGCUGCCAACAGCCGUGAUAUCCUUCUUCAACUUCAUCACUGUACAUGGCCUGUCCUUCUUUCUCCCUACCAUUGUUCGCACAAUCUUUCCUCAGCACUCUGUCCAGAACCAGCAGCUCCUCACAGUUCCACCAAACGUCCUGGGCACGAUUAUGUGCAUGCUAUUCUGCUAUACAAGCUGGAAGCUGGACAAGCGCGGCAUCUUCCUUAUCAUAUGUGCACCGUUCUCAAUGGUAGGGUACAGCAUGUUUCUGGCAACAUCCAACCCACAUGUGCGCUAUGCGGCAACGUUUUUGCCCGUAUGCGGCAUCUUCGCGUUGGGAGCAUUCCCCAAUGCCCACGUCUCAGCAAACGUCAUUUCAGAUACUUCUCGGUCUUCUGCGGUCGCCUUCAACGUGAUGCUUGGUAACAUUGGAGGUUUGGUAUCAACUUGGGCAUUUCUCCCUUUCGAUGGACCCGAAUAUCGCAUUGGUAACGGUUUGAAUCUGGCAGCACAAUCUGCUAUCUUUCUGAUUGGUGUCUGUAUGUAUUUCGCGAUUGAGAGGAGUAACAAGAGAAGGUCUGGAGUGAAUGUGGAGAGAGAAUUGGCUGGGAAGACUUUGUCAGAAAUCCAAGACCUUGAAUGGCGACACCCGGACUUCAGAUGGCACAAUUAG